AUGGCUGAACUGAAGGGUGUUAAUGAGAAGGCCUUUGAUUGGCUAAUGAAGAAAAUUCCCUCUGAAUGGUCCAAAAGUCAUUUCAAGACCGAUGUUAAAUACGACAUGCUAUUGAACAACCUCUGUGAAAGCUUCAAUGCUGCAAUAUUGGAUGCAAGACAGAAGCCCAUUAUCACUUUGCUUGAGAAAAUUAGGUAUUGGUUGAUGAGUAGGUACUAUGUGAAACGAGAGAGUGUAAGCAAAUGGGUGCAACCUGUGGGGAAAAGGAUCAUGAAAGUGAUAGAGAAGAAUAAAUCAGUUGCCAGGCAUUGUCAAUGCACCAGGGCAGAUGCUCAUAGGUUCCAGGUGCAGUAUAAAGACUUCGAGUGUUUUUCUGUGAAUUUGGUCGAGAAGGUCUACACUUGCAGACUUUUCCAACUCUCUGGGAUACCAUGUGGGCAUGCCUUAUAUGCCAUAUGGAGUGGUAAUCUCAAUAUCAUGGACUUCGUUGAUGUUGCUUAUAAGAAGGACACCCUUUUGGCUCAAUACAUUGGCAUCAUAGAACCAAUGCGCUCACCUGAUAAAUGGCCAGAUGUAUGCCAAAAUCCCAUACACCCACCAUCAGAGUCUGUGUUGCCUGGGAGGCCAAAAAAAGCUCGCAGGAGGGAAACAGAUGAGCCUCCACCAGCCACUGCAACUAAAGCAAGUCGGGUAGGCCAGCCUAACCAUUGUAGCAAUUGUGGGUCAGUAGGGCACUCAAAGCGUUCUUGUAAGAAUCCAGCAAAGGAUCAGAAUGUUAAAGGAAAAAGAAUGGGAAGGUCACCAAAGAAAAAUCCAACCCCAUCAACUGUAAGAAGAAACACUAGAAGAGCUAAGCAACAGGCAAGGGAGGAUGCACAAGGUGGUUCAACCUCACAAACCCAACCACAACAAUCUCAGCAACAGUAA